AAAAUAUUUGAAAUAUAUAUAUUGUUACUUUGAAGUCUGUGAUGAUUGAGAAUACUUAAUAAAAAAAAGUAUUUAGUUUUUGUAAAUACAAAGGCAUCAGUUAGAUAGAUUGGUUUGGUCUUGUGCAGCGUUCAUGCUCUCUUUUACUUCUAUUCCUCCUGAGAAAUUGUACUUACUAACCCUAACCGUAUUAACCUUCCUAGCUAUUGCACAAAUAUACAUAAUGGAACCAGAGGUUACUAAAAGUAAACGGUAUAUAAUAAAAAAUAAUGAAUGAAUCAUUAUAACCUACCACUGAAACUAACCCACCACUAAUAAUAGAAUAAUAACCACCACUGAAACUACUUUUCCUACACUAUGAUCAAAUAUGUAUAGAGAUAGGAUAUCUUUAUUGUCAUCUUAUAAGUCGGGUAAAAUUUAAUUAGCAUCUCACAAUGCAAUAGAAAUGUCCUAAAGUACACGAUAUUAGCAUUGAAAUAAAACAUCUAAAAUUCAGGUUUGUGUAUACAGUGGUACAGCAGCUUUGAUUAGGUUAGGUUGAUUUGGAAAUUAUUUUGAUUGUAAUUAUUACCGAGGUUCUCACUUGUAAUUACGAUUUGGAGGAACACUCGUCUGCCCCCUUUGAGUCGGAAACUCGAAUUGGAUAAUAAUUUCAGCAGCACGUGAAGGCUGCAUCAGUACGGCUCUUUCGUUGUGCGCAUGCUCGGAGAAGGCUAUGAGAAAACAUGGCGGCGUCCGAGGGCAGUUCUGUUUGGGAUACACCGCGAGUGUACAAACAUCAUGAGCAACAGAAAGCCUGUCACACAAGACCAAAAUACAGGGAGGGAAGAAGACCAAAAGCCGUCAAGGUGUACACCAUUAACUUGGAGUCUCGGUUUCUCCUGGUGCAAGGAGUGCCUGCUAUCGGUGUGAUGACCGAGCUGGUGCAACUUUUUGCGCUUUAUGGAGUGAUAGAGGAAUAUAGGGUUCUUGAUGAAUAUCCUGCUGAACAAUUCACUGAAGUUUAUCUCAUGAAGUUUCAGAAACUUACAAGUGCAAGGGCUGCAAAGCGGAACACUGAUGAAAAAAGCUUCUAUGGAGGGAUACUUCAUGUGUGUUAUGCUCCUGAAUACGAGACUGUAGAAGACAUAAGAAAGAAGCUGCAAGACCGGAGGAGCUACAUGAACAGAGCAUGUAUAAAAUCAGAAUCAGAAAGUGAAAAGGAACCCACAAGGUCCAAAAAACCUGCAGAGUCUUCGGCACCGGCACCGGCAUCUACUCCAUGGGGAGAUGGAAACCGUGCUCAAACGGAAACUUCAAAUCCCAACACUUAUUCUGGGUUUCCACUGUUGCCUUUACCGCCACAGGAAGAAGCCCCUCAGCAAUGUUUAUCUUCUUGGGGAUUUAAAUCACACAGUCUACAAACAAAUGCACCUACAGAGGAUAAGAUGGGAUCUCUACAUCGUUUCAUCUCGGCUUCCCCGGAACUUUCCAAACAGACCACAAAUUGGCCAGACUCAGCAUCUGCUGACAAGGAAGAAAGAGACAGGUCUAAAAUAUCCAAAAAUCCUCCAUCCACUGCACCAAGGUUUAUACCGAGGACGGCACGUUUGGAAAACAGAAAGAGGAAAAUGAUGGACAAUACAGACUUUUUGGGAAUGUUGGACAAAAAUGCUCCUUUCUUUGGACCCAAACUACCAGAACAACAAAGAAUGGACAUGGAAGAUAAUUCAUUAAACACAACGGCCAGCUUAAUCCGGCAAACAAUGGCAAAGGUCUCAUCAAUUCCCACAGAGACGAAGACCAGCAGUAACACCACCACCACCACCACAAAGCCUCGGAGAAGAAUUUAAUCACAUUCUAAAAAUUCCUACAGAGAAACACACGUUGUACAUUUGCUUUUAAAACCUUGUUGU